AUGGACUCCGGCAACAGUGGCAGCCUGCAGUCGUCCAGCGGCGGCGACGACGAGUUCGACUCCAGAUGCGGUGCCGACUCCUCGCCGCUCUCCGCCCUGCUCCGGCAGCCGCCGCUGCCGCCAUCCGUGCCGGGCUUCGGCGGCGGCUCCUUGAUCUACGGCCUCCAGGAUCUCCGCACGCCGCCGCUGUCCAACUGGUGCUCGACGACGGCGCCACUCCCGGCCGGCGCAGACACCUCGCCGCCGUCGCUGCUCGGCCAUGUUGCAGCUAUGGCGGCCUCUGCGGCGGCCGACCAGGCUGACGCAGCGCCCGCCCAGGCCGCAGCGGCGGCGCCGCCACGGGGGUCGAGGAAGCGUGCGCGGGCGUCGCGCCGCGCGCCCACCACGGUGCUCACCACCGACACCUCCAACUUCCGCGCCAUGGUGCAGGAGUUCACCGGCAUCCCCGCCCCGCCCUUCGCCGGCGGCACGACCGCACGCUCCCGCUUCGACCAUCACUUCUUCCCCUUGCGCACCGCCACCGCUGCCGCCGGGACCACGAGCCCCGCCACGCUCCCGCAGUACCUCCUCCGCCCCUUCGGGCAGAAGGUCCAGGUCCACGCGUCGUCGACCCCCUACCCGCCGAGCUUCACCUCGCCCUCCACGUCCUCACCGGCGCCGGCCAACAUCUCCAUUGCCCCUGCUUCCACCACCACCGCAGGCACGACGGCCUUGGCGUCGUCCAGCGACAGCUACCACCAGCUCACAGCAGCCUCGACGUCCGCUCUUCUCGGGAUGCAGCAAGAUCACAGCAGCAACCACUACCACUCGUUCCACCAGAGCUCCUCCCUCGGCGGCGACGGCAAUUACGCGGCGCACCCAGCGUUCGACCGCGGCAUAGCGCCGACGCCGCCGUCGUCCGCCACGAGGCUGCAGGACCCGGCGGACUUCUUGGGUCUCACACACGACCACGGCGUCAUGGUGGGCACCCAAGGGCCGCACGCACACUUGCACCCGCGCAACGGCGGCCACUGCAAAGCGACGUACUCUUCGACGCGGCCUCUGCUGGAGCGCAGUCGGCGUAACCCGUCGGCCGACGGCUCCACAGCGACGACGACGACGGCCCCGGUGGCGGCAACGGCGGGCAUGAGAACGCAAGCAGGCAUCGUCGACUCAUGGGUCUGCACAUCAGAUUAG